UUGUCUCACACAGGCAAUAAUCUAACUUCCUAUGUCAUUGCAUUGGGGUCCUCUUGUAAACAUGGCGUCGUCCAGUAAGGCACAGGUUCUCUCCCUCUAUCGGAUGCUAAUAAGGGAAAGCAAAAAAUUCCCCUCUUACAACUACAGGACUUAUGCACUUCGCAGAGUGAAAGAUGGCUUUAGAGAGAACCUUGCCGUGGACAACCCUAAAACGCUGGAUGGGCUUUUAAACCAGGCUAGAGAGAGUCUUGCAGUUAUAAAGAGACAGGUGUCCAUUGGACAGUACUACACAACCCAGAAGACUGUUGUUGAGGAUCAAAGGAGCAGGCAUUUCUGACUGCUGAGCUGAUGGUUUUGAUUGGGGACCAGCAGCAGAGAAGGUUUAAUGUAUAGGCAUCAGCCACACAUGCACCUGUUAUACAACCAGCCAUGUAUACAUAAUAGUAAAGUGUACAUUUUGAUGUAUAUUAUUAUAGUUAUCUUUUGUUGUCCAUGUCAAGAUUAUGUAUGUCAACACCUCCAUUAAAGAUGUAAUGCUAAA